CCCCCCCACACUCCCCAGAAGAGGACAGCAGACGGUACCCCGGCGAAUCUCCUGCGCCCCGGCCGCCUGGCUCCCCCGCCAGCCCCUUGGCCGCCGCCUUCAAAGUGAUCGCUCCUUCGCCUUAUCCACUUGGUCCGGGACCAUGAAGCUGUUGCCGUCGGCGGUGCUGAAGCUCUUUCUGGCUGCAGUGCUGUCCUCUCUGGUGACUGGUGACAGCUUGGAACGGCUUCGGAGGGGGUUGGCAGCUGCAACCAGCAACCCAGACCCUCCCACUGGAGCUACGGAUCAGCUGCUGUCUACAGGAGGUGCCCGAGGCCGGGAAAUACUGGACUUGGAAAACACAGAUCUGUACAGAGGUAGGUCUGCGUUCUCCUCCCAGCCACAAGCUCUGGCCACACCAAGCAAGGAGGAGCGUGGGAAGAAAAAGAAGAAAGGCAAGGGGUUAGGAAAGAAGAGAGACCCGUGUCUGAAGAAAUACAAAGACUUCUGCAUCCACGGGGAAUGCAAGUACCUGAAGGAGCUCCGAGCACCCUCCUGCAUCUGCCACCCAGGUUACCACGGAGAGAGGUGCCACGGGUUGAGCCUCCCGGUGGAAAAUCGCCUGUACACCUAUGACCAUACAACCAUCCUGGCCGUGGUGGCUGUGGUGCUCUCAUCUGUCUGUCUGCUUGUCAUCGUGGGGCUGCUCAUGUUCAGGUACCAUAGGAGAGGAGGUUACGACGUGGAAAAUGAGGAGAAGGUGAAGUUGGGCAUGACGAAUUCCCACUGAAAGAAACCUGUGUUCAAGGAAUUGGCGGGGAUGCCUACCUCUGAGAAGACCCAAGGCCGUCGCAGACUCCACAGAGGGAAAGGACUUCACGUCUAGCUGGGAAGACUCCUUUGUCCCCAUUUACUAUCUCAAUUGGGCCUCCCAUCAUCGCUUUGCCAAAAUGCCAGAGCCGUCACGUGCCAGACUGAACGUAUCCAAUGGGAUCUGCAUCAGAAGAGAGUGAAAGCAAGGGACCUCCAUGCCUUCCUGAUUCCACUAACCCCCACGUCCUCCACGACUUCGGACACGUUGGUUCUGGAUUCAAAUGCCAGUAAAAUUCAUAUGCCCCAGGAUCUUUGGAUGAAAAAAAAAAAAGAAACAGAUAAAUAACUAAAUUGUAAAAAAAGGAAGGAGAAGAGAAAGAAGGAAAGAUUUGUGUACUGGAAGAAAAGCAGCAGAAAAGCCAUGUACUCAAGUAGCCACUAAGGGAUUGGCCAUUUGGAACCUCUAGUGCUGGCUUUGAUGAGCUAACUGUGAAAACCACAAGCCCAAGAACUUUUGAAUUUUGGGACUUCUACCCAGAUGGAAAAAAUAACAACUAUUUUUGUUUGUUUGUUUUGUUUGUUUGUAAAAUGCCUCUUAAAUUAUAUAUUUAUUUUAUUCUAUGUAUGUUAAUUUAUUUAGUUUUUAACAAUCUAACAAUAAUAUUUCAAGUGCCUAGACUGUUACUUUGGCAGAUGUCCUGGCGCUCCACCUUGCAACCCCACCGUCAGCUCAGCGCCAUCACCUGAGAUGGUUCUGUUACCCCCAUCUGUUGGAACUUGUUGUCUGUCUACAUUUCUGAACAUCAUCUUCUGGGGUCAGAGAGUAUAGGAGGGGUUGUGCCUGGUCAGGAUGUAGGGGUGAACUUGGUCAGAGCCACUCUGUGAGUUGGACUGCAGUCUUGACUAGGCGAUUUUGUCUACUGUUUGUGUUUUGAAAGCCCAAGGUGCUGAUGUCAAUGUGUAACAGAUAUCGGUGUUUGCCCCAUGUCCUCUCCCCAACCCAGUUUCAGUCUCCCAUGCCUUCAGCUUCCCCUCACCCCUGCCCCCCUGCAAUCUCUCCUCUCCGGCAGUGUGGGAACUCAUACCUCCCCUAACCGCCGCACCCCACCCCACAAGCUCCCAUCCUGUGUCAAGACAUUUCUCCCAGCUUCUGCCAUUCUUCUGGUGCUACUCCACACAGGGGUCAAUGCAGCAGAGGAUUGUCUGGAGAAGGUGGUAGCAAAGGAAAAGGCGAGAAGGAACAGGGAAUGUUGUAGUCAACUGUUACUGAUUGGUUACUGGCUCACUGUGGCCAGUGGUGCAGAGAAGGUUGGAGGUGGGGAAGGCUCUUGUGUAACCCCACCUUUCUCACUGAACUACUAUAAAGGUUUGCUGUAAUGGUCUCUUCUGGAAGUUUCUGGUGCCAUUUCUGAACUGUUACAACUUGUAUUUCCAAACAUGGUUCGUAUUUAUAUUUGCAAUCCAAAUAAAGAUAACCCUUACUCCAUA